AUGCUCGCCAACGGCAUAAGGCUGCUCAUAUACGCUGGUAAUACUGUGGUGAUGCUGGUGGACGAUAUAGGUAAGACGCAGUUCAUCUCCGAUCUCGACAGCAUGUUCCACGACCAAUUUCUCGCUGCUCCAAUGAUCCCUUGGUUGCUCAAUGGUAGCUCUGUCGGCGAGAUUCGCGGUGCGGGGGGUAGAAGUUCGACUGCGGGUAAUGUGACUCUUACUGUUAUCUUCGAGGUAGGGCACAUGUCACCGUAUGACCAGCCUGCAGCAACAUUGAACAUGAUGAUGAAGUGGAUCGACAAUGUCCCUAUCGCUCGAGGAUGA